AUGCAUUACUACUUGAAAACAGUGGAGAAAAACUACACCAGCCUUCCAGAGCCUCUAAAAUGCACAGGAAGCAUGGACACCCGGGAACUGCGCUUCUCUCGUGCAAUGGCCUUUGCCAUCGACGAGAUCAAUAACAGCACAGAUCUUCUGCCGGGGGUAGCGCUUGGUUAUAAAAUCCAUGAUUCGUGCUCCUCUGCGCCCAUGGCCGUGCAGGGGGCCUUCCAGUUUACUAAUGACCCGCCUUUGUAUAAAAACAGCGCUGGCUCAGUGAACAGGGUCCUUGAUCAGUUGAAAAGGGUGAAUUUCUCUCGUAAUGGUUACCACGUCUCAUUUGAUGCCAAUGGUGACCCUGUGGCCUUCUAUGAGCUGAUUAACUGGAAGAGAAAUGAGGACGGUGGUCUGGAGUUUGUAACAGUGCCUGUGUCCGUGUGCAGUGACAGCUGUCAACCGGGAACACGCAAGGUUCUCCAGAAGGGAAAGCCGAUAUGCUGCUAUGACUGUGUACCAUGUGCUGAAGGAGAGAUAAGCAAUGCUACCGAUUCUUCUGACUGUUCCCCAUGUCCCAAGGAGUCCUGGCCCAAUGCCGAGAAGAACUUCUGUCAUCCCAAGCUUGUUGAGUUCCUUUCCUUUAAUGAGAUCUUGGGAAUUAUUUUGGCAGCAUUCUCUAUAGUAGGAGCCUGUUUGACCAUCAUCACAGCCAUAGUGUUAUUCAAGCACAGAUUUACCCCUGUAGUGAAAGCUAACAACUCUGAGCUGAGCUUCCUGCUGCUCUUCUCCUUGACUCUGUGUUUCCUGUGUUCUCUGACCUUCAUCGGCCGUCCCUCAGACUGGUCCUGUAUGCUUCGCCACACAGCUUUUGGGAUCACCUUUGUCCUCUGCAUCUCUUGUGUUCUGGGCAAGACUAUAGUAGUGUUGAUGGCAUUCAAAGCUACAAUACCAGGGAGCAGUGUAGCCAAAUGGUUUGGCUCUAAACAACAGAGAAUGACUGUAGUAUCUUUUACAUUUGUUCAAGUUUUGAUAUGCACUAUUUGGUUGGUUUUGAAGCCUCCUUUCUCUGUUAGAAACCUGACCACUUAUAAGGAUAAAAUUAUUCUAGAAUGUGCAUUAGGUUCAGCAUUAGGUUUCUGGGCUGUGCUUGGGUACAUUGGGCUCCUUGCUGUAUUUUGUUUUGUGUUAGCUGUUUUAGCACGAAAACUACCUGACAAUUUUAAUGAAGCUAAGCUAAUCACAUUUAGUAUGCUCAUAUUCUCUGCUGUUUGGAUCACUUUUAUCCCAGCUUAUAUCAGUUCCCCUGGGAAGUUCACUGUAGCUGUGGAGGUCUUUGCAAUAUUAGCCUCAAGUUUUGGAUUGAUUUUCUGUAUAUUCUUUCCAAAAUGUUUUAUUAUUUUGUUUAGGCCUGAGAAAAACACCAAGAAACAUUUAAUGGGUAAAAAGUAAAAUGUAGAAAAGCUAAUGUAACCUUUAGAAUCAUACAAAGUAUAUAUUUAGUGUUGGUAUUUUUGGCAUUGGCAAGUAAAAGACUAAUCUAGUGUAAUUUCAAUCAUGUCGUACAUUAACCCUCAUUUUUAUUAUAAUUUUUGUCACGAUUAAAGUCCAUAAAUUAUGCUAUAUUUGAGUGGGCCAUGGUUGUCUUUUUACAUUAGGGGAGAGUGGGGUAAGUAGUGCCAAGUUUGACUUAAAGUGCCCUUAAAGCAAGGGGAUAACAGUAAUGCUUCCAACUAAGAUAUCUACAUAUAGUUUAGGAUGUUGUGCAUUCCUGGGAACAAUUACUUUGGAUCUUAAACAAACUGUUUGAGAAAUACAGCUUUAGAAGAAAAAGUGGUUUUGUGGCACAACUUGCCCCUGGUACGGUGUCAGUUGUGCCAUUAGAGAGAAUACACUGGGGGAAAUUGUGCCAUUGAUAAUUUAAGUAAAAAGGAUCAUUUUAAUAUCACAAAUGAUAAUUCUACA